AAAGCUGAAACCGUCGAAAAACACUGCUGAGCUUUCAAAAGAAAGUAUAAAAAUUGCGCUGUUUUACGGAAUAGUGGCUUUUACAAACGUAAGUAGAAUUUGGCCAAUUUUCAUAUUAAUUAAUAAUAAUCAUAAGGUGAUCGAUUCAUAUUUUUUUAACUUUUUUUUUUUUUUUCGCGAAUGUCUCAAAAGCUAAGAAUUUUAUUGAGUGAUAAAUGGUAAAUUCGAAGAUGGAAUAUUUCCAGGCGGGGCCUCUUACAGGGUCAUCUGCAGUUCUAAAACCGUUUGGUUUAACUUUUUCUCUAGGGACUCAGUGAGUGAUAAAUAAAGAACAAUAUUCCCAGUACUUGAUUGGCAAAAAUAGCGUGAGGAAAAUAAUAAAUUAUUCAGGAAAAAGCAAGUGGUCCAUCAAUCUAGCUGUGUGAAAACGUCACGAAAAUACCUCAAACAGAAGUUUAUCAACAAAACGCCUCGGGGAUUUUUUAACCGUCUACGUUAUUCAUUUUUUUGCGCUGCUGCGUGUUUCUCAGUGGUUUCAAAAUCGUGUGUGACGACGUUUGUCUAAAUCGAACACAGGGUUUUGUCCCGCACCCGUCGACGAUAAACUCUAGUGUACUGGUAAUACUGCAAUCAAAUUGGCUGACCUUUUGUUUUUCUGACAAUCGGCGGAUAACUUAUAAGAUGACACGCUGUCAAGUGAGCCAUUACUUGUUGAUAAAUGAGUUAUCAUCAAGCCUCUGCUUUCUGACCUUCCCAAGCAACGUUUGCAACGUCAGUUAUCAGACUUCAAGUCGGGAGACAACAACAGCCGUCAUUCUUUAAUUCAUCAAAUGAUUUCCGCGAAGAAUUGAAGAACUUCCUCGCCUAUUUCGACUAGAAAGCGUUUCCAACGAACGGAGGUAGGAAACAAGAACAAUCAUGCAAGACGUGCACAUUAAUAGAACAGCCAACAUAUCUUCGGCAAACGCAACAGUACCGGGUUUUCCCGUAUACCUCCACCAGCCUCUUGGAGCCACAGUGUUCCAAAUCAGUUUGUGGUCGACCAUUGCCUUUCUCGGCGUGUUCGGCAAUCUCUUGGUAUGCAUCGUGAUCCUUAGCCAAGCGAAGAUGAAGACCUCAAUAAACUACUACUUGCUGAGCUUGGCCAUAGCGGAUUUGGGGGUACUGCUAUUGAUCUACCCUAUAGCGGUGUUAAGAUAUCUCUUUCCAUUUCGCUGGUUGUUAGGAAGGCAGGUAUGUUUCUACCUAACUCCUACAGUGGAGAUAUUCUUCGGAGCCUCCACCUGGUCAAUUGCAGCCAUUGCCAUCGAGAGAUACCGAAACGUUGUUGGCGCCAAGCGCUACCAGAUAAGAUACAGGUCUCGCGAUCGAAUGAGGACUUUCGUUGUUAUUGGUAUGGUUUGGGUGGCCUCAUUUUUAGUUUCAUCCGUACCUCUAUACCCUAUCAUGACCUACAAUUCCAAUCUGAAACUUUGCUAUCCCGAAUGGCCUGAUAUGUCUGGGACAAAUGCAUUCUAUCUGACGCAUUCCUUAACUCUACUCGUCUUCUGGUAUGUCCUACCUUUGAUUGUCAUAGUAUUCACAUACGUCAAGAUUAAGAAAAGAGUACGCGAAAGUGUUAAGUUCCGAAGCUCAAUGACAUCUCAGUCUUCACGAAACUCAGAAAGACGUGAUAAAUCGAUCUGGCGACAAAGUAACAAGGCAAAGAGGAUUCUUACACCUUUGGUUGUUUUGUAUGCUGUGACAAUGUUUCCGUUGAACGCUUUACGCACCUUGUUGCUUAUUAUACCGACGUUUUGGACGAAUUCUUACUAUAAUCUGAUCAUGGGCCAAGUUGGAUUUUUCGUUUUAAUCAACUCGUCAGCUAAUCCGCUACUGUACUAUAUCAUGAGUAAAGAAUUCAAGGAUGCAUUCAAGAAAAUAUUCAGAAGUCUGAAAGACAAGACGUUUUUCAGAGAUUUCUGCAGAAAAAUCAGAGCAUUGUUGGGAAACUCGAAAGAGCUGGAAGAAGAGGAACAAAAUCUUCAACUAACAAGUAACAACAACUCUCAGGUUGCGCUUAUCAAUGUCCAGAUUGUCACUGGUUUGUAAACUCCGAACUGUACCGUGCAUUUUCCAUGUACUAUAAGCUAACGGCCAGUUGAUAACAGCCAUAGUAAAGGCCAUGUAGACAGGGAGGUAUGAGGGUCAGUUUUGUCUCGAGCAAAAAGCUAUUUCUCCGUUGUUCGUCUAGAUUUCCCACAACUAGAUUCAUGAAUACGCCGAGCCCUUGAUGUAUUGGCUCCUGAUAGUGGCUCCUGUAUGAUGCAAAGGUGAUAUCUAAUUGGAGAUUUCAGUGUGAAUCUGGCGCUGAGUGAGUCCUUGUAGAUUUGUAAACUACUUACAAAAUUCGCGUUAUUAGGGCUAGUGAGCCCGAUAGCAAAUUUAUAAAGUGUGGCAACUUAAAAUAUGUUAACACUGUAUUUAUUCAAUUCAUCAAGACAACUGGAUAUUAUAUUCCUGUUUGCUUCGAUUAGGUAAACCGCAAAUUUUCAUCGGAACCAUGGCCACCAUCAUCUUAGAUCUGCUUUACAAGAAGCCUGAGGAAACUCAAGCGAAAUGUAGUUAGAAUGAAAAAUGAAGUGAAAAUGAAAAUGGAACUUCAGUAGAAUUUGUAGACUUUGCUAUCGCUUUAUCCUUCACGACAGUUGAAUCAGUGCUAUUUGGAAAUUUCAACUCAAUAAUAUUUCUUCAAGAUAAAACAAGAGGAGUCAUAAACGUAACGAGAUUGAAAAUAUGUUCCUUCAUGUAAUUAAGCUAUAAUUUUAAGAUUUUACGAUUUUUAGCGCCUGGGCCAUUAGUCGAAAGAGACAAAACUUGUAGAAAAAGUGUAAAUACCUUUUAAACAAAUACGCGUCAUGAAAAAUUAUUCUAUUAAACCUCCAUUUACACUAUAUUAAUAUAACGUGAGGGACUCUCAUUGUCCCUAAAUGUCGAGAUUUGGCUCAGUUUUAGGUGUUUUCUGUGGGAAAGCCUAAUUUCUACAUCUUCCUGUGGACUAUAUAUCGUAAUUUAUUUCAGGUUAAAGAUGAGGCCUUUUUUCAAGAGAAACUGGUUAAGAAAUACUGUAUCUACUAUAGUGAAUAAGUGUAAUGGUUACAAUUGAGGCAAUAUGUAAUAUAUAGUUCACUCUGUGUGUUACACGGACUUGUUUAAUCAGUACGGUUUGAAAAAGUUCAAACCUUAGACAGGAACUGAACUUGGCGAUUUUAGCAGACUUUCCUUGGCCGGAAUGACGUAAAAUUUACACCAGUUACUGAACCUGGAUCAUACAUCUAGUUAAAACAAAGGAGAUCACUACCGUGAAGGAGGAUACCCGGUCUUACCAAGCAAAGAUAUUGAAGAUUUCACUUCUCCCUUUACUCCUUAGUUUUUGUUUCGAUUGAGAAGAUAUAUCAAACACUCGAGACAGUGUUUCAUCGGCUAUCCAAACACCUCAAAUUUCGUCAAAAAUACUCCGCCGCGUUUCGUAUUCUCCACUGUCCUCUCGGUGUUUGUCCACUGUCUUCUCGGUGUUUGGAUACCCCGAUGAAACACUGUUUCUCGUGUUUGAUAUCUUACUUACCACGGUAAACCAUUUCAAAUAAAUUAGUAUUGCCAAGACAACAAUAGACCAAAACCCUCGAAAUGAGUAGCGGUUAGUUUUUGUGCGAACUUUACACGAUCUAGAAAAGCCGCAGACUCAGUCCGAGAUACAAGGACCAGGCCAGACCGGCCUAACUUCAAAAUUACGGCUGCUAAAGAGCAAUGAAUCUGGUGCGUUCUACAAUGGCCAUUUUCACAUUAAAUGAAUGACGCCGUGUUUGGACGAAGAAGUCGCCUCAGACACACAUUCGUCUUAGUGCGAUUUUUGACGGAAAAAUCAUCUAAGUUUGUUCGUCAAUUUGGACGUCUAUUAAGACUUCUUCGUCUGUACGGCCAAGUCAUCCAAAAGCCGACACACCACACAAACAAAUGGUCCUAUCUCGGUCUUAAAGUUUCAAACUUCAUUCAACGCUUUUCAUUGAAGAAAGGGCAUAAGCUUCAUAACGGAGACGAAAAGGAGGCGAGAAGUAACGCUCUUUGGUAGAAGAUUUAACCGACAAAAGGCGCUAAUUAUCAAAAUCUUAUAUUAGUGUCUGCGUACGUUACGAUUUUGCCGUGGUCAAACGGCGCAUGACAGUCCAUGAUAGUUGAUUCUCCCCUAACAAUCAUACGUGCGUUUUAACCGGAAAAACUAUCAAAGUAUACCAGGGAGAAUUUGAACAAGCUAGUUGGGUGAUACUAAUGGAUUAAUUAGUAGAAUUCUGCUAGUAUACUAAUGCAAAUGCU